AUGGAUAACUCAGAAUCUGCCUCUGAUCUUCCUGUUGUAAACAAGACCCGGACACCAGUUGAGGGAGGCAGUUCGGACUGGAUGACCCCGAAACGAUUUGGUGGGAAUAAGAGGGCCAUCAAUAAGACCAAGAACACUUUGAAGAAUUCCUAUAGUGCUUUGCAAGAUAAGGCAGUGAAGGUAGCAAAUUUGGGAUUAAAAUCAACAAUUGGGUUAGGUGCCUUAUUGGAGACAAAACUUCGGGGUGAUAAGAUUAAGAAGAUGAUGCAGUCUUUUUUUAGUGGUUGGGAAUUUUUUUCUGGUUCAGCUUCUGAAGGCAGAUUACUGCUUAUUUGGCAACCUAAUUUGGUGUCUGUUGAUGUUCUGAAAGAAACAUACCAAUUACUUCAUGUUUUUGUCAGGAGCUUGAAAACUAAUAAAUCAUUUUGUGUGACAUUUGUUUAUGGUAGGAAUUCUAUUGAGGAAAGAAUGGCCCUUUGGAAAGAUCUGUCUAAUCUUAGUUUUCCAGUUGCUGCAUGGCUCAUAGCUGGAGACUUUAAUGCUGCUUUUGAGAGCGAGGACAGAGUAGGUGGUCGUGCGAUAUCUUCCCUUGAGUUGGAUGAUGCUCAAAAUUGGAGGGCUUUGGGGUUAGUUGAUGAGUUGCGUGCUAGAGGGUCUCAUUUUACUUGGACGAAUAAACAGAUGAAUGAAGGCAGAAUUUUCUCAAGAUUGGAUAGAGUUUUCAAGAAUGAAGAUUUGUUGGACAUUUUCCCUCACUCUGAGGCUGUCUUCAACUGGGAGCUUCACUCUGACCACUGCUACUGUAUUAUUAAACCAGAUAUUGCUGUUAGCUGUGGUGUUAAGCUCUUUAGAUUCUUCAAUAUGUGGACUAAACAUGAUCAAUUUAAAUCCACUGUUAUGCAGAGCUGGUGUAGGCCUAUGCGAGGGAUUGGUCUAGUUCACCUUUGUAAUAAGCUGCGUAGACUUCAGUAG